CUUUAAUUCCCCAUUUAUAUACACACAUAUGUGAUCUCAUCGAGGGGGAGUGAGUUGUCUUGGUUGAUUUUUCUGAGACAGUCUGGAGCUACGACGCAAAAUUGAAGAAGUGAUUCUUUGUCGAUCCGUAUAUUCUCAUAUCAUUACAGAGACAUGAUGGUAGCUCGACCUACUCUAGCCUCGGCGGGCUGUUCACACUGUCGUUUAGCUAUUCUAAAGCUGUUCACCAAUCCCUCCAUUACUUCUCCCAUAACAAGAGCAACUUCAGUUCAAUGCCGUUCGCGAUUAGUCACCUCAAUGCCACACCGGACUUUCUCAUCUCCGCCAACUCGGAGUGAGCCACCAAGUAGCCCGGGAUUGGUUGAAAAGGGCUUACAAGAAGAAGGAAAUGACGAAGAAUCCAAUGAUCAAAAUCAUAACGAAGCUACCCAGAAUUCAGCCCCGAAUAAGGUACCCUGGUAUCUCCAAGUGGAACCUCCAAGGCAUGUGGCUUCUAUUGAACCACCGCCACUACCAGAGCUUCCCUCAGAUUCUCCAGAGAUAGUCGGCUCACUAUUAGAGUAUAUCUCUGAGGAAUUGGGUCUUGACGAACUAUCUGUGUUGGAUCUUCGAGAACUCGAUCCUCCAGCAGCUUUGGGUCCAAAUCUUUUUAUGCUGUUUGGCACAGCACGAAGCGAACGCCAUCUUAACGUGUCCGCCGGUCGUUUGGUGCGAUGGUUGCGAGGUAAACAUCGAGUUUGGGCUCACGCCGAUGGUCUGAUCUCGCCGAAUGAGCGCAAGCUUAAAUUGCGUCGGAAAGCUAAGCGCGCGAAGCUUUUAGGAGGCACCGACGAUACCGACGACGGUAUCAAGACUGGUUGGAUUUGUGUUAAUCUUGGAACUAUGGGCGGUACUAAUUCGGUAUCUUCUAUAGUUGGAGAAGAUGGACGCGUUGCCGGUUUUGGUGUCCCUCAAGAAGAUAAUGGCUUUACAAUUGUCGUCCAAAUAAUGACUGAGUCCCGACGAUCUGAAUUGCGCCUUGAAGCCCUCUGGAAACAAGCUCUGGGUCGGCCAACUGAAGAUCGCCCGGAGCCUAAGAUAGAAGAUCCCCUGGACAACUUACAUCCAUUAGAAAGGGCCAUCUUGUCUAGUUCACGUCCGUCUGCGAAUGCUAAUAAGAACCCCUUCAACAACACCUCCAGAAGAACACCAUUUGAGCAAACACGAUUUUAUUCAACCCAACAAGCAUCCAUAAGCGAACAACCCAAGUCCGACCCGCUCACACAUAUUCAGUCAAGGGAUGAGCUUGAGCAGACCCUCAAAUUUGAUGUUCAGCAAAAACAUCAUGUUUUGGCAAUGCUACAAGCACACCUUCACGGACAGUCGCCUAUUUCCGCUCAGCAAUGCCUUGGUUUUUCAAAUGAAGGGCAGCUCACAACCCCAUUCCUUCAAUUAUCUAAACGUGCGUGUAAUGCUCUUUCCCCUCACCAGACCUGGGAGUUCCGGCUCGCCAUCCAGGCAAAGAUCUGCGAAUUAGGGAAGGGAGACUCUCGGGAAGUAUACAAUAGCGUACGCCAACUUGUCGAAGAAAUGGGUCUUUAUCGUGUCGAGGCUACUCGGCAACAACUUCUUCAGCUUCUGGCAUGUAUUUAUAACUCCGGAAGCGAACUCAACGCUCAAACUGAGCUCGCCCUUCAGCUUCUAAAAACAGUGCAACAACGUGGACAGCCAGUGGUUUCCAACGAUAUUUUAGUCGCCAUCAUCGAUGCAGCGAGUCGAAGUGCUCAACGCCUCAAUUCCCACAAUCACUUGAGACUUAUUGAACGGUUGGAUGAUGUUAUACGCCAUGCGCAUUUACCGUGCAUGGAUGAGUCUUUAAUAAUGACACUCAUGGGGGCGUAUGCCAGAUUACGCGACUGGGCUAGAGUUUGGGAGGCCUGGAGUAUACUCCCAAGGUAUUUACGCCCGCGUUCGGCCGCCAUGUAUACUCAUAUGUAUAAACUAUCAGCAGCUUCGGGUUCCGCCUCUAUUUGCACAACGACGCUAAGGCGAUGUUAUCAGGAGAUGUUCAUAGAGAAUCCGCCAGUACCACCUACUGGAGCUGUACUGAAGGCCCUCCUAGAGUGCAUUCGUGUCGCAGAUCCGCAUGCUGAGGAAGCCGCCAGACAUUCGCCACCGAAUAGCAGGCGAGGGCAGGCUGAAUUUGUAAAACUCGUCAGGAAGAUUCAAAUACUAACUAAAGACCGUUAUGCGGUAGAAGGUGCACGCUCGUAAGGCCCGCUCGAAUCACUCGCGCAACACGGUCCUUCAACUUCAGCUAGAAACACGUAGUUUUUAUAUAGCUACCUGGCCUAAGUAUUUGGCAGGCCAAUCUGCGCGGCAUUGUAUAAGCACAAUAUAUUUGUAAACUAGUCAAGAAAAGUAAUAGGCCUCUCGGUCUCGUCUUCUUUAGCACGAGGAUGGGGAAUUGGCUUUCACCUCCCCAGUCGGCUCAGUAGUGCCAGCCUCAGCGACCUUCCCCUUUUGGCAAGCCAUCCGUACUUGUUCUAUGCCAAUCUAGCUACACAUUAUUAAGUCAGAUUGAGAUGACAGCUCAGACUCCAACAUUCUCUUGAUACGUUCUCAAAAGACGGAUUCGACAAGUAGC